AGAAAAAAAUGAUAAAACUUGAAAAAAAAAAGAUUUUUUAGGAAGUUCACGUUGUUGACAUCGAUGAAAAAAAAAUGUCGUCUUCAUCAAAACCCAAAAGGCGUACAAAAUCAAAGCACAGUUCCUCUUCUUCAUCAUCAACUUCAAAAUCUUCACUAAACUCGAUAAUAGAGCCACCCCAGAGCUUAUUCCCUUAGAGAGGAGAGUUUCUGCGGCUCAUAGUAGCACUCGCAAUCGCAUCCUCAGUAGCUUUCUCUUGCAACUUCUUUGCCACCUUCUUCAGCUCCACCUCUAAACCCUUCUGCGAUAGUAACUUGGACUCGAUCGAUUCUGUCUCUGAUUCUUGUGAGCCUUGUCCAUGUAAUGGGAAAUGUUGUCAAGGCAAGUUGGAAUGUAUUCAUGGCUAUAGAAGAUGUGGAAAGCUGUGUCAAUGAAACAGCUAAGAAACUUUCCAAGUGGCUAGAAGUUUGCCUUUGUGAAGCUUACGCUCAGGUUUUGUGCUAUGGAACUGGGACUGUUUGGGUUCAAGAACCUGAUAUUUGGAAUGACUUAGACAGACACGAGCUCAGGCAAAGUAUCGGCCCAGACAAUGCGACAUAUGUGUAUACGAAAAGAAGGGUGAUGGAGGCAAUAGUUAAAUUAUUGGAGACAAGAACAAAUUCCCAUGGCAUAAGGGAGUUCAAAUGUCCGGAUUCUGUAUCAGAGUAUUACAAACCCUUUACCUGUCGUAUCCGUCAACUGAUCUCCAAGCAUGCUCUUAUUAUUGCACCUGUUUGUACUGGCUUAUAGGAUGUGCAAUGUUGUUUUGGAAAGUCCGUCAGAAAGGAUAUAUCUCAGCUAGAGUAGAAGAGCUUUACCAUCAGUUGUGCAAAUUUUCCAAUGUCUGUGAAAUGCUUGAGGAGAAUGCCUUGAGGUCAAAGGUCAUCAAUGGUGCAGGUGAAUCAUGGGUUGUUGCCUCAUGUUUGCGAGAUCAUCUUCUUUUGCCUAGGGAAAGAAAGGACCCUCAGUUAUGGAAAAGGUUGAGAAAUUGUUACAGGAAGAUUCUCGAGUAGAUCGCUACCCCAAACUUGUUAAGGGUGAAUCCAAAGUUGUGUGGGAAAGGCAAGGUUCAAAAUAUGUAUUUGUGUGUUUUACUUGUUCAAUUAAGAAGCUCGAAUUUUGCCAAACUCUUUUCUAUUGUUGUUUUAUGUAACUAUUAGUCAAAGUAGCUUCUUGAGAACCAUAAAUUGCAUGGCAGAGGUUCAACUGGAUACUACCUCUGUUUUAGAACUUCGAGAUCGUUGCACUAGCAUUGUUAGACUGACUCUUUCAAUCUUGAUAUGUCCUUUUUAAUUUCUUUAUAGUUGAAGGUUCUUUGAGCUCUUCCAGAGGAGAAAAAAAGGAGAGGGAGUUGAAUUGAAACCAGAUUGAGGCAUCAUCACAAACUUAAAUCAAUCAGACCAUAUAUGGAAGGCUAGUGCGCUUUAGGACAUUAUCUGUGCAUUAAAGUUUUUUGUUUUGGCAAAAUUGAUGUCUCCUUCAAUGUGCUGUUUUGAAUUUGGUUUCAUAUUUGUCUAAUGCACACAUAACCAAAAUAUUCAUGCAGAAGUUAAAGCACGGAUGUUUUGACAUGGGGAUGUCUUGAAAAUGGUUUUAACCUAGCAGUAGAAGGAGCCUAGCAGAAGGCCUCGUGACGUUUAUUACAGCUUCUUUUUUUUUUUUUGGAGAAUAGUUUUGCGGGAAUAAUCAAGGUGAAAAGAGAUUGAUGAACCAAGUGAAAGUUUCCACCAUUUGACAGUCGAGCUACGUUCCUCAGAGAUUGUUUUGGAGGUUAAGAAACAACCCCUUAUGCAUAAACCCCAUCAGGUUCCUGUUAACCAUUGAACAUUAUGCAACAUAGAAGAAAGCUUUUUCCUCUUCUAUUGCAUCAACAAAUAGGCAUCAAAUUGGGGAUUUUGGUGUGUCAAGAUUUUGUUUGUUGGACUUACGGCAUCUUCAUUGUUAUCUAUAAUGGAAUCCAUAUUACGUGCUUUCAUGGCGUGUGUUUUAAACUCUCAAAAUCAGUAAAAAUCACCAUACAAAUAUCCUGUUUUGACUAGAAACUCUUCAGUCUCACUCUUUCAUUAGAAAAAAAAAAAUCAGUCUAUAGUUAGAGCUUGUACUAUUUCAUUUCAGUCAACAAAAUUUCUGAUCCAAAUGGAGUUGAAGUGUUGGGAUGAAAAUGGAAUAAAAUUCCAUCUAAUAAUUGCUCAUAACUUUGAAGAUAGAUGCAAGAGAAAGUGGUCACCCAUGCCCAUGGGCCAAAUCCAUGCACCCUUGCCUUUUGCAUCACUCUUGUUGCCAUUUUUAA